AUAUUCAUCUCCAUCUUCUUGUCUGCCCCAUCUUUCUUCCUCUUCCUCUUUUUUCUACACUUACCUUCUCUUGAAAAUGGGAACAAGCAGAGCUGAAGGAAAAAGGAGCUUGAAGGAGAUAGAGGAGGAUGAGGAAGAAGAAGAAGAUGAUGACUGUACAGGUGGAUUAGGGUUUGAGGAGGAGGAGAAGAAGAAGAAGAAAGGAAGGAGAGGAUCCAGUGCUGCUGAAGCUGCAGGAGCUUCAAUGCUCCCUUGCUGUCAAGCAGAUCAUUGUACGGUCGAUAUGGGUGAUGCUAAGCGCUACUAUAAACGCCAUAAAGUCUGCGAGUAUCAUGCUAAAGCUUCUUUUGUUCUAGUUAAUGGAGUCCAACAACGCUUUUGCCAGCAAUGUAGCAGAUUCCACGAGGUAUCAGAGUUCGAUGACACUAAAAGGAGCUGCAGGAGGCGUUUGGCUGGACACAACGAAAGGCGCCGGAAGAGCUCAACGGAUUAUAUCGGGGAUGGCUCGAACUGAAACACAAAAAGAGUUGAUUAAAAAACGAGCCCCUAAAGGAAAGGGAGAAAUGAGAAAAAUGUCUUCUUUAAAAUGCGGUUAAAGAUCCUACUAUUAUCACCUUUUUUCUUUCUCUUUUCCAAGCUUGCUCUCUGUCUUCUGUCAAAUCUUUUAUCUUUGAUUAAAUUAUAUGCUUUAUUUGGGGACAUUGUUGGCUGCUUGUUAAUUUGGUUUUCUCUGCUGUAUUUUCAACUUUUUAAUUAUCCAGAUUAAGCAGUUGUUGUCUUCAAUGGCAGUAAUUGCUGAUUUAUAUUCUGAAUAAAAUGAUCAGCACAGUAA